UGUGCUGGUGGCGGAUAGAAAAGAGGAGUUAAAGGAGAUGUUGAAGAGACUCAAAAAUUUUUUGAAGGAAACCGAUUUGGAGUUGAGCACGGAAAAGACCAAAAUAGUAGUCUUUGAAAAAAGAAGGAACAAAAGGACGCAAAGAAAAUGGAAAUGGGGAGAGCAAGAAUUAGAAGAGGUGGACGAGAUAAGAUACCUAGGGUAUAUACUGCAGAAAAGCGGAAGUGAUGAGAAGCACAUACAAGAUAGGAAAAAGAGAGUAACAAUUGCAAUGAAGAAAACAUGGAGCGUGGGAGAAAGAAUAUUCAAACAGGACUACAAAAGGAGAAUGAAGAUGUUUGGAGCACUGAUAGAGAGCGUGGCGCUGUUUGAAGCAGAGGUAUGGGGCUGGAACAUGGAAGAAAGACCGGACAGAGUUCAAAGGGGAUAUGUGAAAUGGAUAUUAGGCUUAGAUAUGACAACACCAAAUUAUAUAUUGGUAGAGGAAUGCAAAUUAAUAGAAAUAAAAGAAAAAGUAUUAAAAAAGAGUAGCAAGGUACGAAGAUGA